AUGAAAAUCAAUUUCAUUUCGAAAAAAGAUCCCAGUGAUAUCACCAUAUUUUCACUAACCACCAAAUUCUCUCCUCUAACAUCUCCCACUUUAUACUGUAUAAUACGUUUCAUUUCUUUUGUCUUCGAAAAAUCCCACCAGAUUGGCUAUUAUCUGGACGAAGAGCACGAAUGGGGUCUGAAUGUGGAUCAGCUUGAAGCCACGUUAAAAGAACAUUCGAAAAAUUGCUUCCCACGCGCAUUGGUUGUUAUCAAUCCGGGCAAUCCGACCGGUCAGGUGCUUCCGGAAAAAGUGAUCAAACGGGUGCUGGAAUUUGCUCAUCGACACAGUCUGGUGGUCCUCGCGGACGAAGUGUACCAGCACAAUAUCUACACUCCGGAUCGGAAAUUUGUCUCGUUCAAACGGGCCCUACAUGAUAUCGGUGGAGCGAUUGCGAAAGAAGUUCAAUUGGCCUCAUUCAUUAAACAUGAACGCUGUAGAAAAAUGGUAAAAGGGAUGUGUAUAGAACCAUUGAAGGGACUGUUUAGUUUUGAAUGCACAUAUCUAUUUAAUGAGCAUAGAAUCCACUUCCUCGAUGUUUUCAUUUUCCAACAUGAAGAGACGAACCUGUUUCUAUGA